AUGGCCAAAAUUCCCAGCACAACAGUAUUCUCUACGAAACACUUGUUAGCAUUAUCACUCGCUUUGAAUGUGAGCUUCAUACUGCGAAUGCUCUAUGAAGGUGAACAAGUACGCAACGUCUCUUGUUUCAAAAAUGGAACAGAUUUUGACUCAAAAACACAUACUAAUAUCAUCAAAUCACGUGUUGUUAUGUCAUCAUCUACUUCAUCUUUGGCAAAUUCUACAUGCACUGACGUUAAAGCACGCAGCAACAAAAUAAUCAACCUCGAUCAUGGCAAUCCGACAAUGUAUGAGAAAUUUUGGAGACAAAGCGGUGACAAGACAAAUAUAAUAAUAAGAGGAUGGCAAUCCAUGAGCUAUUUUACGGAUGUGUCCAACAUAUGCUGGUUUCUUGAACCUGAGUUUGCAAACGAGGUAAUGAGGUUGCACAGAGUGGUCGGGAAUGCAGUAACUGAAGGACGUUACGUUGUUGUAGGGACAGGUUCCUCUCAACUGUUUCUUGCUGCUCUAUAUGCCCUCUCAUCUUCUCAUGCAACUCAACCAAUCAACGUUGUCUGUGCCGCACCCUACUACUCUUCGUACCAAACAAUGACUGAAUAUCUGAAAUCCGGGCUAUACAAAUGGGGAGGCGAUGCAGAAACUUAUGAGAAAGAUGGUCCCUACAUUGAACUGGUAACUUCUCCGAAUAAUCCUGAUGGACAUGUGAGGACCUCUAAGGUUAACCGUAGUGAGGGACUUCUGGUUCACGACCUUGCAUAUUACUGGCCGCAAUACACUCCUAUAACAUCUCCUGCAGAUAAUGAUCUAACCCUUUUUACUCUCUCAAAAAUCACUGGUCAUGCAGGAACGCGCAUAGGGUGGGCUCUUGUGAAAGACAAAGAGGUAGCAAAGAAAAUGACCAAGUUCAUAGAGUUGAACUCAAUCGGAGUCUCAAAAGAUUCACAGCUCAGGGCUGCUAAGAUUUUAAGCACGGUUUCUGAUAGCUGCGAACAAGAAAACUCUAAAGAGGGUGAUUCAUUCUUCGAGUUCAGCCAGAAGCUCAUGACAAACAGGUGGAAGCAGCUAAGAGAAGUAGUGAACCGUGGUGAAUUGUUCAGUUUGCCUCAGUUUUCUCCUUCUUUCUGUAACUUUUUCAAUCAGGUGUCGGAACCUCAACCAGCUUUUGCGUGGUUGAAGUGUGAGGGAAAUGUGGAAGACUGUGAAAGCUUUCUUAGAGAACACAAGAUCUUAACCAGAAGUGGAAGACACUUUGGAGUUAGUCCAAAAUAUGUAAGAAUUAGCAUGUUGGAUACUGAUGAAAAUUUUAGCCAGUUUCUAGAAAGACUAUCUAGCAUAUAG